ACUACUUUCGUAGCCAUAUUUGAUAUCCAACUUCCGCUCAAAGUUUCAGUCAUAACCGAAGGAAAUUAAUUAUUCUAAUUCAUAUUGUACGUUUGUUGGACUGUUACGUGGUACAUAUAUGCUGAAGCGUGUAGAGACAAUGUAUCUAGAACAGUCAUCCGAUUGAAAAUCCACGUGUGUAUUGCUUCGAUCGAGUGUGUCUAGUUUGACCCAUCUGACGUUUCAGGUUUGACUGAGAAUAGGACUGCUCCGGAUUUCAUUUCUCGUCUCGUGGAUAAUUAGCUGAUUUAUCUGUCAUGUGUUAACUAUAUAUGUAUUCGAGUAUAUUGAUGAUUGACAUUGAUGAUAUAUAUUGGUUUGGGUUAGCUGUAUAAGUAGUCUUCAGUCCUAAUCAACAUCUUUUGACCGUGGUGUCACAGUGACACCUGUUAGACCAGUCCAUAAUUCACAUAAUAAAAUGUCCAUAUGACACCAGAUACGGUGUUAUGGUUAAGUGACAGCACUUUGUAAAUGGAGCUGACAUCUUUGUGAUAAGAGGUAAUUAAUGCACAUUGGGAAAAAAUGGCAGAUGAUGCAAAGAAGUUUCAGACUCCAGAAGAGGAGCUGAAAUAUUGGAGAAGCCUUGCUGAGAAAUUCAAGCAAGAGCUUGAAGAGACAAAGGAGGAGCUAGAAGAGUUCCAGAUCAGCAGCCGAGAACUAGAAUGUGAGCUGGAGACACAGCUAGAACAGCUGGAAAACAAGAAUAAAGAAUUAAUGGCUGAUAAACACAGGCUCACUGUUGAGUGUGAAUCAUUAAAGGAAAAAUUAGAGAUAUUACAAGGUUCCAGCCAUAAACAAGUUUCUCUUUUAGAAGAUGAACUAGCUCAAGUUUCUGCAUUUAAAGAUGAACUACAGAAGUAUGUACGGGAACUAGAACAGGCUAACGAUGACUUAGAAAGAGCUAAAAGAGCUACAGUUGUAUCCCUUGAAGAUUUUGAAUCUAGAUUAAAUAUGGCAAUAGAAAGAAAUGCAUUCCUUGAAAGUGAAUUGGAUGAGAAAGAGACCCUAUCAGAGACGGUACAACGACUCAAAGAUGAGGCAAGAGACUUGAGGCAGGAGAUUGAUGUGCGAGAGCGCCAAGAAUUGAUGAGCACAAGCUGUGAGUCCAUGACAGCCAGCACACACUUGGAACCAGAGGCUCCUGAACCUGCUGAGGGCAGUAACGGGAUGACCCCACAGCGAAUGGGAGACAGUGGAUAUAGUGGGUCCCACAUGUCUACUACAGUGCCUUUGUCUCCCUCUACUCCUGUGGGUAGAGGAGUCCCCAGCACAAGUUCUUCUGGUACACCUCUCACUCCUUCGGCGCGAAUCUCGGCCCUAAACAUUGUUGGAGAUUUGUUGCGGAAAGUGGGUGCCCUCGAAAGCAAACUAGCCUCAUGUCGAAAUUUUGUAAAAGAUCAGCCUCGCAGUGGUAAAGUAGUCGCAGGAAGUGCAGUAGAUUCUCCAAGAAUGAAACGGAUGAGCCGUGGAGGCACCAUGGCCUCCCAGCACAGCAUGAAGAUACCCGUGUCUUGAACAUACUGAUGUGAAGAGACUAGCAAGUAGAAAGAUGUCUAGUCACCACCCUGUGCAUUUACCUUACAACGUGGAGUCCGCCCAGUGUGACAGUCUAAUACAUCAUUGGGCAGACUCACACUGGCUAGACGGACUCAGUGAUAGACAAGACUUUGGUCGUCAAGUGCUUGUGACUGAAACCAUGUCACUGGUUAUGGACAGCCAUGAGGCUGUAUUCAUUUUGUCUCAUCUUUGGCUUUUAUUUCCUAUGGAGUCUGAAUGGGGGAGAUUCAAGAGUUGUGCAUGAAGGAGGAUUAAUCAUGCAGGAUUUGACUGAUUCACUUCGGUGUCACAGACUGAGGAUAGGAACUCAACAGUCUUUCAGAUCUUAAAGUUUCCAGGAUUCUUCUUGUAAAGUUGCAUAGCUCGCAAUUAACGUUUUAAAAUUUGGAUGUCUCUGUGUCCUUAAUUUUUAGUGUCCACUUCAGUUGAAGUACUUUAGUAUCAUGCACUGGAUGAUUUGCAAUGUUCUUCCAUGAAGUCUGGCAAAACAGUGAUUGUAAUUAUCAAUGAAUGUGUCCAACUUCACAGUGUAAUGGUUAUGGGGGUAAUGAAAGAGUAAGUGAUCGUAAUAUGUCAUGGCUAGUGUAGUUAGACUGUGAGUAACUAGGUCAUCAACUUUUCUCUUGAGGUACUAGCAGGAAAAAGUACCUUUGCAUACAUUGUGGACAUGCUUAGUUAUUGUGAGUUUUAGAAGCAAAUAACCCAACGUCCAUGUUUGUGCUAUAAGAUUUGAGAUAUGCUAUGAUAAUCAUAAUUAAGAUGUGCCUCAUAGUAUACACUUUCUGAUAAAUCUAAAUGAAUUCAUAUUUUCAAAAUCACAAACUGCAUUGCUAUUUGAUCUUGUGAACAUUGGUUAUUGGUCAUUCCUGCAGUAGUUUGAAGAGCUAAGAAUUAAUGAAAUGUGUCACAUUUGUUUUGUCCCAUUACCUUUAGAAGUGAUAAGAACUUCAAGAAACCUAGGGCUGUCAUGACAGGUGGUUUGUUGUGUACACAUGUGGAAUCUUUUUUUAUGGUCCAUGUCAACUUUUGUUAGAAAAGGCCUUCAGCUACCCAUGCUUGCCGUAAAAGCCAACUAUGUUUGUCGUAAGAGGCGACUAACGGGAUCAGGUUGUCAGGCUCACUGACUUGGUUGAUGCAUGUCAUCGAUUCCAAUUGCGUGGAUCGUACUCAUGAUGUCAAUCACUGGAUUGUCUGGUCCAGAUUCGAUUAUUUACAGACCGCUGCCAUAUAGCAGGAAUAUUGCUGAGUGCGGCAUUAAACAAAAAAAACAAAAAUAGUGUAGCAGUCUUUUUGUAAUAUCAUAUAAGCACAAUACUUUCCACUGCUAGUCCACUUGAGAACCUACUUGAUAAUUUGGAGUUCGUACACAAUGCAUUAGGUAUCAGAGUGAUUGAUUAUUUGAUUAACACAACAUUUGCAAAUGUAUAUCUGAAACUCAUAAUAAGUAUGUGGACCAAGUAUGAAGAGUUUCUUCAUUUAACAUCUAGAUGUUGUUUUGAUGUUGAUAUUUGAAAGAGAAUAUUUGAGCUUUAAUCAUGCAAGUCAAAACCUGCACCAGUAAUAUUCAUAUUGUAAAUAAUAUCAGAAUGGAAUUUGAUAGCAACGACAAAACAUGUAAUCUAACUGUCGUAAGAGGCGACUAACAGGAUCAGGUGGUCAGGCUCGCUGACUUGGUUGAUGCAUGUCAUCAAUCCCAAUUGCGUGGAUUGAUGCUCAUGAUGUCAAUCACUGGAUUGUCUGAUCCAGACUCGAUUAUCUACAGACCGCCAUCACAUAGCUGGAAUAUUGCUGAGUGCGGCGUUAAACAACAAACAAACAAAUAGUAAUACUUGUAUACCAUACACUUCCAAAUUACGCUGCUAGACUAAUAGAAAGCCAUGAAGUAGGUAAGUACACCUGUGAUCUAUAUAUGCAUCGAGUAAAACAUUCAGCUGAAUAGUGUAGAAACAGUCACUGUGUUGAUCACUGCCAAAACAUGUAUAUGUAUAUAAGAUAAAUGUAUCCUUGUUUCCUCAAGGAAAGCUGGGUCAGAUGACGUGUGUCUGUAUAUUCUGUGAGAAUGGUUAAUGGGGUCAGUUUCUCCUUGACAAGUUGUGCUCUAUAACCUACGUCCCUGGAUGCUUGGGAUAAGGUUGAAAUAAGGAAUCCCUGAAUGGCUUCAAUUCUGAAAAAAAGGACUUAAAUUCUACAAGUUGAGAAGUUUUAUCAUGUUAUAGUGCUGACUAGAAAAUGAGCAUCCUGAUGAUGCGUCCACAUACACGUUCAACAUUUACAAACUUCUAUAUUGUGGGGGUGUCAUUGAUUAGAAGACUUAGUAUCCAUAUAUAUAUUAGGGGUGAAACGAUACCGCAAGGUCAUGAUACAAUACGUAUCACGAUACAUAGGUCACGAUAAGAUACGUUUCGCGAUACGCAUAUUUCCGUCAAAUCACAUGGAAACUUCUCGACAAUAAGUAUUUCAGAGCAGGUUCAAAAGUCAAAACUUGCUGUAGACACAUACUCGUUGUGGCUAGUUUUUGUAGUGAACUUGAAACGCUAAUUCCAACACAUUUUGCUAUAUCUGACUGACAAAAAACGCCAGGGGUCAUUAAAUGAGUAGUAAGUAAUUUAUUUCGGCAAGUUUAUCGUGUAUCGUGUAUCAUAUCGUCACAUGUAAACUCACGGUGCACCGAUGUAUCAUUUCACCCUAAUAUAUAUCGACUUAAAAGUAUCAUGAUAUAUUGAUUAAUAACAAAAUUAGUUAUACUGUAUGUGUACAGAUACAAAAAUCCUAUCUGGACCUGCAAUUAAAACAAAUACCCAUCUGGACCUGCAGUUAAUCAACUUAAUGUUAAAUAUGAAUGAACUAGGCUGAUCCAAGAAAUGGUUAAAUUUUAAUUUACUGCCAUCUCAUUUUCCAUCUUAAUCAAGGUAUACAAGGCAUACAUUUCCGUGAUAGUAAAUUAUAAAUAUAAUUUCAAUAUUCCUAAAUUUUUAUCCAUAUAUUAUCGACAUUAAAAAAUUAUUGUAACAUCAUUAUAGCGAUAUACGAUGACAUCCCUACUAUAUUGUAUAUACAAUAUACUAUUUAUUUGGUUUUAAGGCCACACAUAACAUAAUCUUGUAGUACUAACCAUGCUAACUAAUUCAUAACAAUAAUUUAUUUGUAAAUGACAUUAUUUUUAUCAUUCUCCAUUUUAGUCACUUACAUCAGAUCAUAUCAUUCCUGUGGCAUUUCCAUGAUUUAAAUCGGGUUCUCCUUUAAAUUCAAUUUUACCAGUGCAUCUUUGUAUGAUUCAAGCAGUGUGUUCUUGCGUGUUGGUUUUGCCAGACUUCAUGACUAUAGAAACCCCAGGGUACUGAUGUGUCUAUGCAGGAAGACACAGACCUUGUGUGUAUCCCCUAAGCUUCCUUAAAUGUGUGUAGUAACAAAAAGAUGUUGUUGCAACAAUUUUGUACCCUCGACACAUGAGGUCUGUUUGAUCCAGGAGUGCGUAGCUGUUGUAUAUAUUGUCGCUAUCCAUGAAGCAGGAGAAAUUGGGAAUGGAAAAGUGAAUUUGCUGGUCAUCUCAUCGAAAUGGUCACAUUCAGGACAGGGAUCUUAAAAGGACUUUAGUGUUGAAGGUCGGUGGCUGCUGCCUAAUGCUGCUAAAUAUUAGUCUUGUUUGAAUUAUGACAUCAGUGAGAUGUUAAUUUUAUGGGAACAUUUUUCUAUUGAUUUCAUUGUUAAUGAUAUUGCUCAGUUUUGUUACUUUUCCAGUCCUUAUUUCUUGGCGAUUCCCUUUUUCAUAAUGUGUCCAAGUCAUUCCACUAUCACAGUCAAGAGAAUGAUUAUAAUGGUGCUCAGGGUUUUAAUCUUUCACCCUCUCGGACAGUCUUUUGUUUCAACACGAAUGUUACCAAAUUCCUGUUUAGAGGAUGAAGUGUUGAAAGUAAACAUUCAAAACAUUAUGUAAACGUGUCUUUUUAUAAAAAAAUAGUCAUAAGGAUGUAUCAACUGCCUUUCAAAUCAAAACUUUCUGAGGAGUAUCUUUAUCAUGUUACUUUCUCAUGUGCAUUUGAAGUAAAACAUUCUUGAUGCCCUCAUGCAAGUUAUGAAAGGCAUUAACACAAGUAACAAUCAUUUCAUUCCGUGAGAAAUCCAAGAGAUGUAAAUACUCAGUAGAUAGUUACUGGCAGUAACUUACCUGCCUUUGGAAACCGUGAUCUUCAUCAUGAUAGAAUUCCUCUCAUUUUUGUUGGAGAGACAAUGUUCAUAAAGCAUCUUUACUUUGGAAAUAUGGUUAUUGAAUUAGUUACCAUAGUAAUGGCUGCAAAAUGCAUUUAAUGUUGUGGGUCAAGCUAGUGUUAUGUGUAUCAUGUGUCCAGUAAGCCUCGGUUCCACUGCGGGGCUGUUCUUGGUGCCCAAUCUUGAUAAGGCUGCAAAAGAAAAUGCUGAUUUGGCAUAAACCCCUCUGCUCAGUCCCUAUACAAGCAUACAUGGAGGAGAAUAUGGUCACAGUAUUACCACACUUGCACAACUUGUCUAAUAAUGCCAGAUGUGCAGUGAAUGAUGUUCACUGUGUCAACAUUUUCUCUGCAUUGGACCAAAUUCAUGCAUUUGAUUACACUGCUACCACUUCUUUGUCAAAGCAGCACUCAACAAAAGUAACCUUGACGUAAGCGGACAGGGACCCCAUACAUUUUGACUGUCCUAGUAUUCAGUUUGAUUCAGCAAUGUUUGUCAUCAUCUUCAUCUACCUCAUUUGAUAUUUGGCAUGAUGUUUCAGUUCCUUUAUGAAUAUAGGCAAUAGUAUAAAGGCUGAUACUAACCUCUAACUACACAGCUUUGAACUUCACUAGCAACCUAGUACUUUAGUGUGCACAUUAUACCAAUUGCCCUAUUAUGUCUGUGUUUGUGUCACCUUCAUCUGACAAUAGAUUGCACUCCGAUUUUAAUGUGAAACAUAUUAAUUACACCAAAUCAUAUGAGAAUGCUUCAAUAUUGACUCAAUCUCAUUCAAAUUAGAUCUUGGAGCUCGCUGAUGUUACACAAAGCCUUGUUUAGCAGUAACGAGCACCAAUAUAUCCAAUUUUCAUGAGAUUCCUAUUGACUUGUACUAAUUUGAAGCCUUUUUCUAACCACUGAAGUUAAAGCAUGAAGUGCUAUUUUCAUUAAAUGUAGUGGAUGUCUGUAAAUUUUCUUCUUGUUUGGGAGCAAUGUUGAAUACAUUGUGGUGUGCUAAAUGGAAUUGUAAAGAUGUCACUGUAUAUUUUGUUUGAAUACGAUGUGUGUGCAAGACAUGACUAGUGUGUGUUGUUUUGAGAUAGGGUCAGCUGGUAGGCAUGGUUUCAAACCAGGCAGUGUGUAGGGCACAUAGCAACACUCAACACUUCUGUACUGUGACAUUCAUGGUCUGUCAAACGUAGUCUUUCUUUCGUCAUAUCCUGGAUCAAAUGGAUCUUUUACAAACUUCUGUAGCCGCCAACCAAAGCCAUGGCUGAUUGAUGUUUUUCUUUGUGCUUGUAUAUAUACCUGUCUAUAUAUAUCUGGUUGUAGCCACUCCUUGAGUGUAGUAUCGUUGAUGUGCUGUCGACGUCAUCUUUCAGCAUCAACUUUCUUUGAUAUGCAUGAAGUCAGCACAAGCUUCUGUCAGCCAUGAGUUCAGCCAACAUCACACCAGUCUGUAAACUGUACUCAAACUGCUGGAUCAUUUAAAGAUGCUCUUAAAUAAUAAAUACAUAACCUGA